UUGAUGAUGCUGACGUUCCCCUCCAUCCUGCUCACCACCACCAGGUUGGCAGUUUGGCUCUGCCCCUGCCUUGUGUCUUCAGGGUUGGCCUUCUCCAUGGAGCUUGCAGUUUGUCCUUGAAAUAAAGAACAUCCCAAAACUAUCUGCAGAGCCUCCUCAUUCAUAGACCAACUUGGACACACGCUAGCACAGCAGAACAGCAUGGCCUCUCGUAUGUGUGUGCAGGUCUUGGGCCGUUCCAGCUUGGCUCUAGUGUGCCACCCAAGAUCCACAAGACCUCACCUGAGAUUUCUUCACACAGCUCCAAAACUGUGCAGUCAAUCCCAACAAAACGGUUCCUCUGACUCUAAAGUGCUGGUGCACUUUGUAAAUCAGUCGGGGGUGAAGAGCAGCGUAUUUGUCACAGAGGGAGAGAGUCUUCUAGAUGUUGUCAUCAAGAAGAAUCUUGACAUCAGUGGCUUUGGAGCAUGCGAGGGCACUCUGGCCUGUUCCACCUGUCACCUGAUAUUUGAGGAGAGUGUGUAUGACAAACUGGAGCCAAUAGUGGAUGAAGAGACUGACAUGCUGGAUUUGGCAUACGGGCUCACCAAGACAUCUCGUUUGGGCUGUCAGGUGAUUGUGGAGCCCUGGAUGGAUGGAAUGACUGUUCACGUUCCGCAUGAGAUCAAUGAUCAACGAGGAAAACAAGAGGCAGUGAGCAGCAAAUGAUACACAAGCACUCACACGUACAUUACCAUGUUAAUUUAACACUUAAUAGACGGUCAGAUCUGGUUUUACUUUCUAAAACUGAUUUUGAAUUGUUCUGUUUUAAUGGCAUCUGAACAUUGUACUUUACACUUCCACAAAAUAAUUAAAUGAGUGUGACCAACCAGUAUGCCCCUGUAUAUCACCCAGAUUAAUCUUAACACAAGAACGAAUAGGAUAAAUAUUUCUAGCCUUAAGUGAUGUUAUGAUUUUGAAGCCUGCUGGAAGUAACUUUUUAAAAUGUAUUACAAUAUUCGUAUAUGUUCAUCGUUAGAUGUACUGUACAUCUAUAACAGAGAACUUUCUCACUGAACUGACAGUGUUUGUCUUGCAUAUGAGCUGUGUCAGAGCCCUGUGCCCGAACAUUCGUUUCAUUUUUCAUAUAUUCAUUUAUUCAUAUCCAAAGCAACUUA